AUGAAGAAGGAGGUGGUGGUGAUGGCAACAGUGACAGCAACCGCCACAGUGGUAGUGGCAGCAGUUUUACUGAGACAGUGGAAGAGGAAGAAGCAGCGUCAAUGGAGAGAAACACAAAAAAUACUACGCAAAUUUGCAAGGGACUGCUCCACUCCGGUGCCAAAGCUUUGGCAGGUCUCAAAUGCCUUGGUGUCUGACAUGAAAGCUUGCCUCGCUUCCAGUGGAACCAUUACAACUCUCAACAUGCUUGUUUCCUACGUUUCUCCCCUCCCCACCGGAGAUGAGGAAGGAUUUUAUUAUGGCGUAAAUUUAAGGGGAACAAACUUCUUGAUCUUGUGUGCCAGAAUUGGAGGGAAGAACAACCCCAUUUCAGAUUUACAUAGGGAGGAGAUUCCCAUUCCCUCCAAUCUCAUGGCUGCUACUUCAAAGGAAUUAUUUGAUUUUAUUGCUGUGGAGCUAGGAAAGUUUGUUUCGGAACAUCCCAAUACGUUGGCAAAGGAGCUGAGCAAACUUGGUUGUAUAGUGUCAUGUCCGGUCGAACAAUCUGUUGUCUCCGAUGGAACCGCUAUCAAAUGGAAGAGUUUCUCAGCUGAUAGCAAAGUUGGAAGGAAGUUGGUGAGUGACUUCAACAAAGCUCUGGAGGAACAUGGAGUGAAAUUGCGGGUUUACGCAAUGGUUGAUGAUACCGUAGGAAAUUUGGCAGGAGGUAGAUACUACAACAGAGAAUGUGUGGCUGCGGUUACUCUAGCAAUGGGCACGGAUGCUGCUUAUGUAGAGCCUGCAAAUGCAACUCUCCAGUGGCAUGGUCCAUCGCCUAAAUUAGGCGACAUGGUAAUUAGCACACAGUGGGGAGGUUUCAGUUCUCCUCAUCUUCCAAUAACCAUCUUUGAUACUUGUUUAGAUGCUGAAAGCCCAAAUCCUGGAUGCCGGAGAUUUGAGAAGCUGAUUUCGGGAAUGUAUCUGGGAGAGAUUGUGAGAAGAGUAUUACUGAAGAUGGCACAGGAAACAGCAGUGUUUGGGGACACAGUGCCUUCGAAACUCUUGACUCCUUACCAAUUGAGUUCACCUGAUAUGGCUGCCAUGCAUCAAGAUACAUCAGAGGAUCACAAAAUUGUUGGAGAAAAACUGAAGAAAGUUUUUGGGAUCACUAGUACUUCUCCAAGGGCGAGGGCGGUAGUUUCGGAGGUUUGUGACAUCGUUGCAGAACGUGGAGCCCGUCUUUCUGGAGCUGGCAUUCUUGGCAUAAUUAAGAAGCUUGGGAGAAUUGAAAACAAGAAAAGUGUAGUUACUGUGGAAGGUGGGCUUUACGAGCACUAUAGAGUCUUCAGAAAUUAUCUCAACAGCAGUGUGUGGGAAAUGCUUGGGAAUGAUCUUUCAGACAAUGUUGUUAUUGAACAUUCUCAUGGUGGUUCAGGAACUGGAGCCCUAUUUCUUGCAGCAUCUCAAAUGCAAAUGCAGAAUGACGAUCCUGACCCUGAUCCUGAACCUCGUCAUCAUGAUGAUGAACCUGAUAUUGAUGAUGCCCAUCCUGAUAUUGACGAUCAUGAUCAUGAGCAUGGUAAUGACGUUCGUGAUCCUAAUCUGAACUGA